UUUCUUGGUUUCAGUCCCUGGUUUUGCAAGUAGUUCCUCGUUCCCGGUAAGCGGGAAACGCGGACUGCGUUACCCAUGUUUGAAACUGGGUUUACACGUUUGGAAAGCAAGAAGGGGUUACUCUGCUGGAGCAGUUUGACGUUGCACGUAAGGGGUUUUAUACCUUACGGUUCCACAAGCUCCCACUGUAUCUGGUAUGUAGAAGAGAGGGACAAAGAAACGCGGAGGCUCAGGAAGGUUGGUUGCCCACCUCUUCUUUCCACCACAGAAUUCUGCCUCUAGAAAAGCAGGGGAAAGAGUAGCCACGCAAAGGAUCUGGUGGAACAUUGUCUCUUAAGGAAACUCUCUGGUGUAUGCUUCAAGAUAAAAUGAUCACAAAAUAAAUGCCUAGGUUAGCGUGGGGUUUCUGUCCAGACCGGCUGCACCAUGUCGAAGGUUUCCUUUAAGAUCACACUGACGUCGGACCCGCAGCUGCCGUACAAAGUACUCAGUGUUCCCGAAAGUACACCUUUUACAGCAGUCUUAAAGUUUGCAGCAGAAGAAUUUAAAGUUCCUGCAGCAACAGGUGCAGUUAUUACCAAUGAUGGAAUAGGAAUAAAUCCUGCACAGACUGCUGGAAAGGUUUUUCUAAAGCACGGUUCAGAACUGCGAAUAAUUCCUAGAGAUUGUGUUGGAAGUUGUUAAUAUCUGCUGCUUGGAACAUAAAAUCCCCUUCCAGAAUAAAUAUUGGUAUUUUUAUUGUUGUAAAAUUGGAGUCAGGCAUUUGAAAUCCUAUGAAAACACCAAUAGUUGAUGAAGUAAUGAAAGGUAACUCUCUGUCCCUUCUUGUUGUUCACACUCUUCAUGUGAAGAGGGGACACUUCUCUGUUGAGGGUGUCAUCACCAUAGAAGGUCACAUUACUACCUCACAGCACACACAGGUGGUUUGUUGGGGGUAAAUGGAUUAUCCACCUGU